AUGAACCGAACAGAAACAACUCAGGAGAAGACGGGAAACGAGAUCGGCCACGCAGAGUCCCGUACUGAUGAUGUGAUGCAGCCCAAAGACGCGGUCCAAGACGCCGCGGCCAGGGGCCAGGCCUUGACUGGCUACGAAACACUCACUGCAUGGCAGACAGCCAAGAAAUUCAAGUGGUGCACCUUCUUCGCUGUCAUAGCUGCUUUUUCUGCUGCCACUGAUGGCUAUCAAAUUGCAUUGAACUCCGGUAUCAUUGUCAAUCCAGGCUUCGUCGAACAGUUUGCCACCGACACCAACGCCAAGGGCAAGCCUGUGCUGGCAUCCAACGUCAUUGCCGCUUGGGGGACCAUUCUUCCCGUCGGCCAGUUCAUAGCCAGCUCCUCGCUUCCUUUUAUAUCUGCGCGAUUCGGACGCAAGGUCGCCAUGUACAUCACCGUCAUCUUCCUCGCGGCUAGUGUUAUUGCCGAGAGCCUCGCCCGGAAGUGGCCACACUGGCUCGUGGCCAAGCUUCUUGCCGGUAUUGGAACAGGCUGCAUGCAGGUGAACAUGACAACAUAUGUCACCGAAAUCAGCCCAACCCGCCUCCGCGGAAGGAUUCUGAUGACAUACAACCUUUGGUGGACUGUUGGACAGCUCUUCACUUACAUCGCUCUGGAGGUGCUGUCGCACCAGCACCCCAAGAGCUGGCUUAUCCCCGUCUACACGCAAUGGACCCACGUUGGUCUCAUGGCCAUCAUCUACUUCUUUCUUCCCGAGUCUCCGGCAUGGGCCGUCGCUACUGGGCAUAUGAAUAGGGCUAGGAAGUCUCUCACCAGUCUCUACAGGGGUGUAGAGGGCUUUGACGUCGAGCACCAGCUCCAAGUGCUGAAGCUCCUAGCCGAUCAUGAAGCCGAGGUGGCAGCCCUACAGCUCCAGGAGAGGUGGUGGGCCAUUUUCAAGGGUGUUGACGGCUUCCGCACUCUUGUUGCGUUGUGGACACUCUGCUCACAGCAGUUCAUUGGCCUCACCCUCUUUACGUCAUACGGCACCUACUUCUUCCAACAGGCAGAGCUUGGAAACCCGUUCCAGAUUAAAUGCAUCACCAUUGGUGUCAAGCUGGUUGCUGCUGUCUGCGUUGUAUAUGUUGCUGACAGUGUGGGUCGGAGAAUGAUCAGUUGCUCUGGUGCCACGACGAUGUGGCUUUCCUGUCUCAUCAUUGGCAUCCUCAGUGUUGUCCCGAGGAACAAGGCCGUUAAUGCGGUCUGCAUUAUGCUUGCCGUUUUCUGGAACAUGGGACUCACCAUGACUGGAGCAACUGGAUGGGGUUUCAUCGCAGAGAUGUCAUCCCAACGCCUGCGCCACUAUACCUCUGGGGCAGCCGCUGCUAUCAAUGCCGUCACCAACAUUGGGAUGAAUCAGCUGAUUCCCCACAUGAUCAAUGCGAAUGAAUGGAACUGGGGCCUCAAGACGGGAUUUCUCUACGCGGGUAUAGGAUGUCCAGUCGUCGUGGGGAUCUGGCUCCUUAUCCCAGAGACAGCAGGUCGUUCGGCUGCUGAGCUCGAUGAGCUUUUCGAGCGCAAGAUUAAGCCGUGGCGAUUCCACAAGACGGAGACUGCCACUCAACGCAUUGUCGCCAUCAACGCCGCCCAAGAGACCUAG